AUGGCGAAUAAGUUUGGAUUAGGUUCUUUACCUUUAGAAACCAAAAAACCUAACACUACAGCGUGGAUAAAUAAAGCGAAACCUUACUUCCUGGAUCAAAUCGGUGACACUCUUCAAGGUGAUUUAGAUAUGAACAAUUUUAGCAUAACUAAUUUAAAGUCUCCGGAAAACGAUAAUGAUGCCAUUCACAAGAAAUAUUUAAUGGAACAAUUAAAUUUAAUUGAAGUAAAUAAAGAACAUUUAAAAGAAAGAAUAAAUGAUGUGAAAAGAUUCUUCAAACGACAAAUAAAUAAUAAAGAUUAUAUUGAUGAUACUAAAUUACAACAAGAAGUAACAAGUUUAAAAAAUUUUAUUCAACAACAAUUAGUCAAUGUAGUAGAUAAAACUAAGUUACAAACUUUAAGUUCAUUAAUAUCUAAUUUAGAUGAUAAGAUUACAAAGCAAAAAAUAGAUCUUAAACAACUAUUAGCCAAUAUUAAUCCAGAUAUAAGUGAAGACAAAUUACAACGGGAAUUAACUAAACUUAACAGUGAAUUACAAAAAGAACUAACAAAUAUUCUACAAAACAUAGAUAUUGUUAUUCAACAACAAAACAUAGAUGAUAGCGAAAUCAAAACCUAUAUUCAUCAACAAAAACAGAACAUUGAUGAUAGUGUUAUUCAACAACAGAUAACCACUAUUAAUAACCUAGUUUUAAAACAGGAUAAAAAUAUACUCGCAUUAGAAAAGCAACUCAACCAAGAAAAUAAAUCAUAUUAUUUCAAUCUUCCAUUUAGAUAUUUGAGAGAUUACGAAGCUUCUAUUACUGAUAAUAGUGAUAAAUCAAAAGACAAUGAAUAUAAAAAAUUUGGAUUUACAGCAAAUAUAAGAGUAUAUAAACAAAGUACUGGUAAUCCCCAUAGAAUGUUUAGCGAUGUUUUUUCUGCUUUAAUUUUCCGAGGAAAACUUAUAAUUAAAAUAACUUUCCCUUUUCAAGUAAAAGUUGAUUCAAUAGUCUUCAGACAAAACUCACGUAUGUCUAAUAAAAAAUUUAACGCUCGUAAAGUUCUUCAGUUUAUCAAUGGUACAGAAAAUGUAGAAACUAAAGAAUUAGAAAUUAACGAUGAAAACAACAAGGUUGAUCACUUAUGUGAAAUUAAAACGAGUGGAAAAUAUAUAGAUAGGUUUAGAAUGUUAAUCAUACCAGAUAAUGAAGAAGAUUUUCUUACUUUGACUCAUUUUGAUAUGUUAUUGGAGACGGAAACUCCACCAUCAAUGAAUAUUAUUAGAAAUCCAGAAACACAAAAAGGAGGAAAUAUGAGUUAUGAGUUUUUACGAACGACAGACUUUGAAUACGUAAAACUAUAUUUUGUUGAUAAUGGUAAAUUUACCUCAAUUGAUAUUCAUAAAAGUCAACAAAAUAAAGAAUUUAUAAUAAGAGAUGAUGUAUUUGUUAAAAUAUUUGUCUCUAUUGAAAAACCAAAAUUUUCAGUUCAUCUGAAUAAAAUUAAUGAUUCGAAAGAACAAAUAUCGUUAGUAACUGUAAAAGUUUUUAUUGAAGAUAGUAAACACAAAGUAUUUUUAUCAGAAGUUCACUUAAUUUAA